GGGGUGGGCGGGGCCAGAUGGCUAAGCAGCUAACAGAUGGCGGAGGCGCUUGCGGUUCGUCCAGCAGCAGAGUGGCCGCAUACCUGCACACAAGGUCGGCCUGAAUAGACUUGCUCGUCUGCUGGCAAGCCAACAAAGACCACCGCGGUAAUAUCUCCGUUAAGAAACACCGUGUUGGACCUCUUUUGUCUGUUUUGUAGCGGGUCUUUCACGAAAGGCCUCAGAAGCCUCGGGCUGGAUUUCAGCGAGUUUAGCUGAGAGGACGCGUUCAAAACAUUUGGAAAGUCACUUGAACGCACCAGCCAUUUGCUACCGCUUGUCUCAUCGCUAGUCACUUGAACGCACAAGCCAUUUGCUACCGCCUGUCUCAUCGCUAGUCACUUGAACGCACCAGCCAUUUGCUACCGCUUGUCUCAUCGCUAGUCACUUGAACGCACCAGCCAUUUGCUACCGCUUGUCUCAUCGCUAGUCACUUGAACGCACCAGCCAUUUGCUACCGCUUGUCUCAUCGCUAGUCACUUGAACGCACCAGCCAUUUGCUACCGCUUGUCUCAUCGCCUGGGUCGACUUGAUGGCUGGGAGCAGAAUGAAUGGACGAAGACAACGAGAUUGAACACAAUCUUCCCCGAAACCUUGCUUAUUUGAGGAGGGAGCAAGCGGACUACUUCCAGGACCGUCCCCGCUGCCUCCCUGCAAAUGGCCGAAGAAAGAACGCCUUCGCCGGGAGUGGGCGGACGAGCUAAUGCUAGGCUAACAAUGCUAAGCUAACACUGCCAGCUAGCUAGGACCACUUGCCGCCCGGCAUGGGGAACACGGCGUCAUGUUGCGUGUCCCCGGAGUCCAGCCCCAAGCUCCCGUCGCGGCAGCCGGCCGAGCGGCUGGAGGAGUUCCUGACCAGCACGGAAGUCAGCGACGACAACAGCGCCCCCUACCUGCAGCACAUCAGCGACAGAGAAGUCCCUGACGAGCUGGCCUUGGAGUCCAACCCAUCGGACCACGCCCAAGCCAGCACCAUCUUCCUCAGCAAGUCCCAGACAGACGUGUGUGAUCGGAGGAGAAGCAACCACGUCAGCCAAGUGUCUCCUGGUCCUCUGACCAAGAAGUACAGCUCCUGUUCCACCAUCUUCAUGGACGACAGCACCGUCAGUCAGCCCAACUUAAAGAGCACAAUCAAGUGUGUCACCUUGGCCAUCUACUACCACAUCAAGAACAGGGACUCCCACAGGUCUUUAGACAUCUUUGAUGAGAAGAUGCAUCCUCUGUCAAGGGAACCAGUGGCAGAUGACUACUUGCGCAUCGACCCAGAGCACAAAGUGAUCUACCGCUUUGUCAGAACACUCUUCAGUGCUGCACAACUCACAGCUGAAUGUGCCAUCGUCACUCUUGUCUACCUGGAGCGCCUGCUGACCUACGCCGAGCUGGACAUCUGCCCCGCUAACUGGAAGCGCAUCGUGCUGGGCGCCAUCCUGCUGGCCUCCAAAGUGUGGGACGACCAGGCCGUGUGGAACGUGGACUACUGCCAGAUCCUGAAGGACAUCAGCGUGGAGGACAUGAACGAGAUGGAGCGCCACUUCCUGGAGCUGCUCCAGUUCAACAUCAACGUGCCCGCAAGCGUCUACGCCAAGUACUACUUUGACCUGCGCCAGCUGGCCGACGACAACAACCUCAGCUUCCCCCUGGAGCCACUCAACAACCAGCGGGCCCAGAAACUGGAGGCCAUCUCCAGACUGUGUGAAGACAAGUACAAGGACCUGAGCCGAGUGUCCCUGAGACGUUCUCUCAGUGCCGACAACCUGCUGGGCAUCCGACGCCCCAACGCUGUGCUGUCAUAGGCCCGACUGGCUGGCCACCUGUCCGAGCUGAGUCACAUGACCACAUGACCACGUGACCACGUGACGCCAGGCCCGUCUUGUCAAGUCCUGAAGCAACACGCAACUAUUGGUUUUUCACAUGUAUUUAUAUGCAACUCACCUGGUCACAUGACCCAGGCUUUCUCUCAUGGAAGUAAAGAAUAACACAGCACAUAGUCCUUGCAGACACACAUCUUGUUACUGUGUCCCACCAGACCAGGUCCAACAACACUCCUGACUCUAGUCCACAUCAUGGAGUACAUUCUGAAGUUGUUACUGUGUCCCACCAGACCAGGUCCAACAACACUCCUGACUCUAGUCCACAUCAUGGAGUACACUCUGAAGUUGUUACUGUGUCCCACCAGACUAGGUCCAACAACACUCCUGACUCUAGUCCACAUCAUGGAGUACACUCUGAAGUUGUUACUGUGUCCCACCAGACUAGGUCCAACAACACUCCUGACUCUAGUCCACAUCAUGGAGUACACUCUGAAGUUGUUACUGUGUCCCACCAGACCAGGUCCAACAACACUCCUGACUCUAGUCCACAUCAUGGAGUACACUCUGAAGUUGUUACUGUGUCCCACCAGACUAGGUCCAACAACACUCCUGACUCUAGUCCACAUCAUGGAGUACACUCUGAAGUUGUUACUGUGUCCCACCAGACCAGGUCCAACAACACUCCUGACUCUAGUCCACAUCAUGGAGUACACUCUGAAGUUGUUACUGUGUUCCACCAGACCAGGUCCAACAACACUCCUGACUCUAGUCCACAUCAUGGAGUACACUCUGAAGUUGUUACUGUGUCCCACCAGACCAGGUCCAACAACACUCCUGACUCUAGUCCACAUCAUGGAGUACAUUCUGAAGUUGUUACUGUGUCCCACCAGACCAGGUCCAACAACACUCCUGACUCUAGUCCACAUCAUGGAGUACACUCUGAAGUUGUUACUGUGUCCCACCAGACUAGGUCCAACAACACUCCUGACUCUAGUCCACAUCAUGGAGUACACUCUGAAGUUGUUACUGUGUCCCACCAGACCAGGUCCAACAACACUCCUGACUCUAGUCCACAUCAUGGAGUACACUCUGAAGUUGUUACUGUGUUCCACCAGACCAGGUCCAACAACACUCCUGACUCUAGUCCACAUCAUGGAGUACACUCUGAAGUUGUUACUGUGUCCCACCAGACCAGGUCCAACAACACUCCUGACUCUAGUCCACAUCAUGGAGUACACUCUGAAGUUGUUACUGUGUCCCACCAGACUAGGUCCAACAACACUCCUGACUCUAGUCCACAUCAUGGAGUACACUCUGAAGUUGUUACUGUGUCCCACCAGACUAGGUCCAACAACACUCCUGACUCUAGUCCACAUCAUGGAGUACACUCUGAAGUUGUUACUGUGUCCCACCAGACCAGGUCCAACAACACUCCUGACUCUAGUCCACAUCAUGGAGUACACUCUGAAGUUGUUACUGUGUUCCACCAGACCAGGUCCAACAACACUCCUGACUCUAGUCCACAUCAUGGAGUACACUCUGAAGUUGUUACUGUGUCCCACCAGACCAGGUCCAACAACACUCCUGACUCUAGUCCACAUCAUGGAGUACAUUCUGAAGUUGUUACUGUGUCCCACCAGACCAGGUCCAACAACACUCCUGACUCUAGUCCACAUCAUGGAGUACACUCUGAAGUUGUUACUGUGUCCCACCAGACCAGGUCCAACAACAAGAAUGACCCGGAGAAGACUGCAGGUCAGUAUUGUAGCCCCUGGCCCACAGAACCAAGUACUUCCAUGCAGGAUCCAAACACCCCAGGAUGCUUGGUCUUGCUUACUGUGUAGGCUGCUAGCUGUCAAAUGUGUCAUUUGUAAGUGGAAAGCCAUUUAUGAAUGGACUAUUUUAAAUAAACACUAAUCAUGUAAAA